AUGGCCGGCCGCCGGUCGUCGCCGCCACGGCGGACGAUGUCGAUGGGCGCCGGCUCCCUCGCCCGCCGCUCGGUCGCCGCCGCCGGCGACGGCUCCGUGCUCCCCGGCCUCUCCCGGUCCAUGACGAUGGGCGGCGGCGGCGAGCGCACGGUGAGGCGGCUGCGGCUGUCGCGGGCGCUGACGGUGCCGGAGAGCACCACCGUGCUGGAGGCGUGCCGGCGGAUGGCGGCGCGCAGGGCGGACGCGGCGCUGCUCACCGACUCCAACGCGCUCCUCUGCGGCAUCCUCACCGACAAGGACAUCGCCGGGAGGGUGGUCGCCCGGGAGCUGCGGAUCGACGAGACGCCGGCGUGGAAGGUGAUGACGAGGCACCCGGUGUUCGUCCUCUCCGACACGCUCGCCGUCGAGGCGCUGCACAAGAUGGUGCAGGGCAAGUUCCGGCACCUCCCCGUGGUGGAGAACGGCGAGGUCAUCGCCAUGCUCGACAUCGCCAAGUGCCUCUACGACGCCAUCUCCAGGAUGGAGAGGGCGUCCGAGAAGGGCAAGGUCGCCAUCGCCAGCGCCGUCGACGCCGCCGGCGGCACCGGCAACGACCCGACCGCGACCUCCAUGAUCGAAGCUUUCAAGGAGCAGAUGCUCAGGCCAUCGCUAUCGACCAUUGCCACUGCAGAAUCAACGGCCGUCAUCGUGUCGCCGGGCGAUUCGGUGCUGACGGCGGCGCAGAAGAUGCUGGAGGUGCAUGCGAGCUCGGCCGUCGUCGCCGCCGGGAACAAGGCUCAGGGCAUCCUCACUUCGAGGGACAUCUUGAUGCGGAUGAUCGCCAAGAAUCUCCCAGCGGACUCGACUCCGGUUGAGAAGGUGAUGACUCUGGAUCCUGAAUGCGCGACGCUGGACAUGCCCAUACUCGACGCUCUCCGGACCAUGCAGGAGAGGAAGUUCUUGCAUCUCCCUGUCAUGGACAGAGAUGGAUCCAUUGUUUCCAUCCUGGACGUGAUCGACAUCACACAUGCGGCAUUUUCCAUUGUUGAGGGCACCGGUGAUGGGGCCGCGAACGAUGAUGUGGCAAUCUCCAUGGUCCAGAGGUUUUGGGACUCUGCAAUGGCAUUGGGACCCCUGGACGACGAAACUGAAUCACAAUCCCAGAUGAGCGAGGCGUCGAGGUCGCAGAUGAUGUCCAUGUCCGACAUCCACCACGAGGCGGCCGGUGGCAACCAAUCGUUCUCAUUCAAGCUGCAGGACAAGCGAGGACGGAUGCACCGGUUCAGCUGCGAGGUGCAGAGCCUGACGCCGCUCAUCACCUGCAUCCUCCAGAGGCUCGGCCCCGACCUCGACCGCGACCGAUUGCCCCAGAUUCUUUACGAAGACGAAGACCGGGACAAGGUGGUGCUGGCGUCGGACGACGACCUCACGGCGGCGGUGGACCACGCGAGGCUGGCCGGCUGGAAGGGCCUGAAGCUGUUCCUGGACUACUCCGGCAGCAGCAGCGGCGGACGUCGGAGAACCGUGGUUGCUUCCGGCCGAAGCGGCGGCGGUGGUGGAGGAGAAGGAGGCAGCACGGUGAUGGAGCUGUCGAGCCGGGACGCGUGGGCGGCGGCGUACAGCGGGGUGGCCGCCGGCGCCGCCCUGGUCACCGGCCUCGGUGUGAUAGCCUACCUGAGGAGAGCUGGUUAGCUUGAAGAAUUUGCAAGGCGAUAGCCGAUACCUUGGGCCGGGCUGGGCUGUGUAAAAUCUGCAUGGUCAUGAAGCCCAAGAUAUAUGAUCCAUAUAGCCUUAGAUGGGCCUAGGCUAGGCCCAUUAGAGAGGGAUGAAAGUGAAACCAUAUUUGUGUACAGAUGAAAGUUCGUUUUUAUUGUGAUUUAGUGGAGCAAAAAGUCGUUUAUACAUACACAUACUGAGGAGAUUAUGGAACAGUGAAUUUGGUCUAGCUAUGUAAUUAACCUUUUAUUUGUGCAUGAACAAGGAACCUUAUUCCUUGCUAGGUAUU